AAACCGAGCUGCUUCUUCCACUCAGCAUGUGAGAAGCCAUUCACAAGAUGGCUGGUGUGCAUCCUGGCCAAACGUGAGAGGUAAUGGGACUCACAGGAUUGAGGCAGCAAUGAAUCAGUUUGAGAGCAGGUACAUGAAAACAUGUUCUGUAAUACGUGGAAGAAGGGGGGAAGCUCAUUCUAACCAAGCAUGCAACUUCUGUGCUGCUCUAUAACUACAGUGUAGGUGCAGCCGCAGAGCAUCACGGGGACUGUAGUUUCUGCGGUGGUUGGUCUUCAGGAGAUAAAACACAGCAAUGAUUCUAAUUAGUCUGCUGGAGGGCAAAGCCUUAGUGUGGAAUGCAGAGGAUGUAAAAGAAAUCCGUGAGAAGCAUGGGCUGGUAGGAAACCUAGUCGGGGCUCUGGUGAGAAAGCCUCGACAGAAUUUGCGACUUGGCCUUCCACUGGAACUUUUGCCCGAGGAGACACGUCUUCUGGUAGAGAUUGGCGCAGCGACUCUUGUGCGCAACUGCUCGAGUCAAAAGGCCCAUUCAAAAGAGGAUGACCUGUCUGUGGACAAGACAAGUUCUCUUUCUUCCAUAGAAGAUGAGGACAAUGUGCAGUCAGAGGUGGAUGCUUAUAAACAAUAUUUACAGGACAGUUACACGGAACAAAGGAGUUUGGCUCUUCAAGAGAAACGACGCAUAUUGGAAAGCUUGUCCGAUCGUAUUGUGGAAGGGAGAACCAAGAGAAAGCGAAAGUAUGAUAAUGAAGAAGAUACACCAAUGGAGUCAUCUCCCCAGGGUCCUAUUAAAGAGCUUCAGGACCUUGAAGAGACCUUCAACUUUCCUCAGGAAGCAAUGAUGGUGCACCUGCCAACUGCUCGUACGUCUGUUGGGAAAGUGCAAGAAGUGGAUUUGCACCAAGCCUCUGUAGACUGGCCGUAUGCUGGACAAGCAGAACAUGAACUGCGCUAUAAGGUUUUUAAGGAUCUUUGGGAGCGAGGCUAUUUUCUUACAAGUGGGAACAAGUUUGGUGGAGAUUUCCUUGUGUAUCCUGGUGACCCUAUGAGAUUCCAUGCUCACUUCAUUAUCAUCUGCUAUCCCUACAACAAGGAUAUUCCCAUGACUGACAUCAUCACUGCUGGACGCCUGGGCACCAACGUCAAAAAAACUGUACUACUUUGUUCACCAAAUGAUGAGGGAACAGUGAAUUACACAUCUUUGCAGUGGUCAGGGAUGCAAUGAAACCAGUUUGUGGAUAAUA